AGAGGUUAGGGUACUUGGCAGGUCCAAUGGUGGCCGUGACUUUAUCUCAGUAUCUAUUACCCAUCAUAUCUGUUAUGAUCGUUGGGCAUUUGGGUGAGCUUUUUCUCUCCAGCACCUCCAUAGCUAUCUCUCUUGCCAAUGUCACUGGCUUCAGUUUUCUUUUAGGAAUGGCAAGUGCUCUGGAAACACUUAGUGGGCAGGCCUACGGAGCCAAACAGUACCACAAACUUGGAAAACAAACAUACACUGCCAUUUUCUGCCUUUUUAUCGUAUCCAUCCCCCUCACAAUCUUGUGGACCCAAAUGGGAAAAGUGCUAGUCUUCAUAGGCCAAGAUCCUCUUAUCGCAGAAGAAGCUGGAAGAUUCUUAAAGUGGCUCAUUCCGGCCUUAUUCGCUUAUUCGACCUUACAGCCUCUCAUAAGAUUUUUUCAGGUGCAAAGUAUGAUCUUUCCCAUGCUCAUGAGCUCAUUCAUAACAGUGUGCUUCCAUGUGGCUCUAUGUUGGGUGAUGGUUUUUAAGUCUGGCUUGAGUAAUCUUGGGGCUGCUGUCGCUAUUGGUGUGUCUAUGUGGGUGAAUGUGAUAAUCCUAUCUUUAUACAUGAGGUUCUCUCCUGCUUGUGACAAAACUCGUUCGACUAUUACUUGGGAAAUCUUUCAUGGAGUGAAGGAGUUUUUCAGAUAUGCCGUUCCGUCAGCCAUCAUGAUUUGUCUUGAGUGGUGGUCAUAUGAGCUACUUGUGAUGCUGUCUGGUCUACUGCCAAAUCCACAACUAGAAUCUUCAGUUUUAUCUGUAUGCCUGAACACUGUCAGCACAAUUUUUGCAAUUCCAUAUGGGCUUUCCGGUGCUGUAAGCACUAGAGUAUCUAAUGAGUUGGGAGCGGGAAACCCACAGGGGGCUCGUUUGGCUUUCUUGUGUGUGAUGCUCAUUUCUGUGUCAGAGGGUGUUAUAGUAAGCGCAACCCUCUUUGCUUGUCGGAAUGUAUUUGGCUAUGUUUUUAGCAAUGAGAAGGAAGUGGUGUACUAUGUUGCAGAUAUUGCCCCUCUCCUCUGUCUAUCGGUCAUAACUGAUAGCCUUCAAGGGACCCUUUCAGGUGUUGCUCGAGGGUGUGGGUUGCAGCAUAUAGGAGCGUUAGUCAACCUGGCUUCAUUCUAUCUAUGUGGAAUUCCAAUUGCUGCAUCAUUGGCUUUCUGGUUUCACGUGAGAGGAAAGGGUCUUUGGAUUGGAGUUAUGUGUGGUUCUGUUAUGCAGACGGUUAUGCUAUCCAUAAUAACAAGUUGCAUAAAUUGGAACAAACAGGCGGCUAAGGCAAGGGGGAGACUUUUUCAGUAAAAGUAGUAUCUUGAUGAGCCACCCAAGUGGAUGAGAAGUUAAUUAUCUAAUUAGUUUUGAGUUCCAUUUUUUCUUGUCAUUUUUCGUUUAUAACUAAUUGAAGACCACUUCUACAGUUCUACAUGUACAAUGCCCCCACGAAGGAGCCAGCAAUUCUCUAGUCUCAAUUUGAUCAUUUCCCCUACUAAUAUAUGAUGGUUAAAAAUGAAUAUUUUCAUGUGUUAAAAAGAGAACAAUUGAUUGACUGUAC